GUUAUAGAGACAAUUGUUUUCAUUUAUAUAAGUUAUAUUACAUUUAAGGUAAAGCUCGAAGUGUUUACUCAUUAAAAAAAAUAGCAUUCCACGUUUUAACGACAAGCGUUUGUGAGAGGAAAUCCAAUUUUGAAGAGUCAAGAGCCCGUUGGGCCUAUAGGUCGGUGCUAAGAGAAAUUUGACUCGGUUGAUGACAUGGAGUAGAGGUCGCAAUUGGAUUGGCUUGGUUCGGGUUUGGGUCGUAAGCAGCCCAAUUGGUAAAACAUAAUGUGUGUGCAUUAUGCAUUGAGCAGUUCAUUCGAGAUAGCCGAAGCUCUAAAUUUAGAAGCCCUAACUGCGCAUUAGGACGUAUGGGGAGCUGAAUGUUCAAACUGAGAGGUCUGAAACUACAAACUCAGAAGUCCUGCACGAAUGGGCUAUCUUUUUUCAUCAGCAACAUCCAUUAUCCUGCAUUUGAUCCUAUGCCAACACUCCCUUGCUAUAAACACAACUCCAGACUCUUGAAAAGAAUUGACGGGACAAAGGAUUUGAAGCUUGGAAGAGCUAUUUAUGCGCUGCUUAUCAGAACCCAGCAAGGUGAUGUUAUUCAAGCCAACAAUUUGAUCAAUCUCUACCUGAAGUGCGACCACCUUAGAGUCGCUCGUCAUGUUUUUAGUAUGAUGCCCGAGAGAAAUGUGGUCUCUUUUAGUGCACUAAUGACUGGCUAUUAACACAGUGGGCUCUCAUUAGAUGCCCUUUAUAUGUUUAAAUCAACGGCUUUUGGUCAGUCUUCAUUUCUUCAUAAUGAGUUCAUUUUCUCACUAGUCCUAACAGUUUGUUCUGAUCUAGAAGCGCUUUGUAAGGGACAACAAUGUCAUGCUUAUGUCGUCAAGUCUAGGCUAAUAUCUCAUUCUUAUGUCAGAAACAGUCUUCUUCAUAUGUGUUCUAUAUGUUCAAGUGUAGAAGAUGCUAUGGAGUCCACAAAACUUUGCCAGAUUUUGAUAUUUUCUCAUUUAAUAGCAUGCUUAACACCUUUUUGGAACAUGGGUAUUUGGAUGCUGCUGCUGAGAUUAUGAGAAGUGUGAUGAAUGAGGUUGACAAGUGGGAUCAGAUCACAUAUGUUGUCGUUCUAGGGCUUUCUGCCAAUUUGAAGGAUUUGAGAUUGAGUUGCCAACUUCAUAGCCAAAUUUUAAGAAGAGGGCUUGAAAAUGGCAUCUUUAAUGGGAGUACUUUAGUUGAUAUGUAUGGAAAAUGCAACGAUGUUUCAAGCGCUCUAUAUGCUUUUUCUAGGAUCCCCAACAGGAAUGUGGUCUCUUGGAAGGCAUUAAUAGCCAUUUGUACACAACAUGGCUGCUUUGAAGAAGCCUUGAAAUUAUUUUUAAAGAUGGUACUAGAUGGCGUCCAACCUAAUGACUUAACCUUCUCUGUUACACUGCAUUCAUGUGUAGGCCUGUCUACCUUGAUUAAUGGCGAUGCCCUAAAUGCUCUUGCACAAAUAUCAGGACAUAAGGAAUAUCUGCAUGUAGGUAAUGCUCUGAUCAACAUGUAUUCAAAAUGUGGUAGCAUCGAAGAAGCAUAUAAUAUUUUUAAUGAUGCUCUAAAGGAAGACAAUGUUUCUUGGAGUUCGAUAAUAACAGGUUAUUCUCAUCACAGCUUAGGUAAGGAAGCUCUAGGAGCAUUCCACAGUAUGUUAAAUGAAGGGGUGGAUCCAACUUGUGUAACCUUUGUCUCAGUGCUUUCUGCAUGUGGCCAUCUUGGUCUAGUACGUGAAGGUUACAAUUAUUUGGAUUCGAUGAGCAAAUGGGGGAUAUACCCUGGGCUUGAACAUUAUACUUGGAUCAUUAUAAGCCUGCGGCGAGCUGGUCUAUUAGAUGAGGCCAAGAAAUAUGUUAGAUGUACUCAUAUAGAGUGGGACAUUAUAACAUGGCAAUCUCCACUGAAUGGCUGUGUAGCACAUAGAAUCGGCCUGGGAAAGCAAAAUGCUCGUCACAUACUUCAAUUUGAUCCUAAUGAUGUAGAAACAUAUAUUCUCUUAUCAAAUAUCUAUGCCAGAGAAAGCCUUUGGUAUGGAGCUGUUUAGACUCGGAAGCUAAUGAGAGAACGACACAUCAAAAAAGAACUUGGGGUUAGUUGGAUUCAGGUGAGGAAUGAGACCCAUGUUUUUGCUUCAGAGGAUAAUCGGCAUCCAUUGAUAGAUGAAAUAUGCAGAAAAUUAGCACAGCUAAUAUACCAAAUUAAGUUAAUUGGCUAUAAACCUGAUAUUGCUAGUGUAUGGCAUGAUGUCGAAGAUGAACAGAGGGAAGAGUAUCUUAGUUAUCAUAGUGAGAAUCCAGCUGUGGCUUUUGGGCUUAUUAGUACUCCUCAUGGAGACACAAUUCAUGUCAUAAAGAACCUUCGGGUUUGCAAUGAUUGCCACACGGCAUUAAAAUUGAUUUCAAAUGUGACGGAGAGAGAGAGAUAAUAGUGAGGGAUGCCAAUAGAUUUCAUUGUUUCGAGAAGGGGUUGUGUUCUUGCAGGGAUAUUGGUGAGAUUUUUUGUUCGAAAGAAACAGAGAGGUUUUGCUAGUGCAGAUGCAGAUUGCAAGUGAAGUAUUUCCGUUUCAUUCAGAAUCGGAUGAGAAGUAUUUCACAUGACACAGAUGAAUGGAUUGCCUAGGCAUUUUCCUACUGUACCAUAGCCACUGCAACUUCGAUAGCGCAACCAGAAGCCAAGAAGUAUUUAGUCCACAUGGCGUCCAAGCAGGACUAAACAAACUCUGCAGGCAAAUCAACCUUUUAAGCACGCGUGAAGACCGAGAACCAUCUUGCUCUCGUGUCAUAGCUUCUUUUCCAUUGCAAAGGAAGUGCCCACAAAAGGCUAAAGCGCACGGGCAAAGAGGCAAAAGUUUGAGGGGGGAAAAUUGGGUUUUGAAGCAAUUUUUCUUAGUACAGAUCAAGCCUGGCUCUACCUUGAGGGCAGCAGCCACACCAACGAGCCUCUCAGAAUCCCAGCAACAAAUCAGUUCAAUCUUUUCCACUCACUGACUUUUCGCUUUCUCUCUCCCCCCGUGGACACAUGGGUUCAACAACUAGAUGACAAGAUACUGAGGACCAUUUCUUGCUUGCUAGUACCUUGAGUUAGCUCUUUCUGAGUUUUUUUUUUGAAUGUGCGUCCUUUAAGCGCAUGUGUAUUUGUGUGCCCCCCUCUCUAGAGUAAUAAUCUCAGUGAUUCCAACUAAGAAUGUGUUCUAAUGUGCGUAUAUAUAAUAGUAA